AUGGCUUUUGUUCACUGCUGGUCUGAAGAGUGCACCAAAUCCAAACUAGACUUGUUCCAAAUAGCCGCUACGCAGGUCAGCAUUGAGAAAAGCAUCUACAUCGACGUGCCGCCUCUAGCGGCUGUUAUGGAGUCUGCCCCCAUUGACUUUUUUAUAGCAGGGAAUGGCAUAGAUUAUAUGGAUUUAAACAACACGCUGCUGUACCUGUGUUGCAAGAUUGUAAAAGGAGAUGGAACUGAACUUGACAGGGACGCCGAGGUGGGCCUGGCAAAUUACCCCAGGGCCUCUAUUUUCAGUCAGUUGGUUAUCACGCUGGGAGACUGCCUCAUAUGCCAAAGCAACAACUGUUACCCUUACAGGGCCUUUAUAGAAUCAGUGCUCAGUUACAGCAAUGACACCCUCGCCAUGCAAUUUUCCGCCGGCCUGUUCUACAAAGACACUGCCAGACAACACAAAGAAACGGAGUUGGAUGGAGGAAAUCUCGGGUUUGUGAGGCAGGCAAAGCUGAUGGCCCACAGCAGGAUGGUAGAGUUGCUGGAUCAUCUACACAGCGACCUGUUUUUUCAAGAAAAACUUUUGUUGAAUGGAGUAGAAGUGAAAAUUAAACUGACGCGCAGUAAAGAUGUUUUCUGCUUAAUGGGCAGUGCGGCCAAAGGCUUUAAAUUGCACACUGUAUCAGCAUCCCUUUUUGUGAAGAAAGUACGGGUGUUCCCGAGUGUCCGUUUGGGGCAUGCGGAGGCCCUGCUUACUGCUAAUGCUAAAUACCCCAUGGACCAUGUGGGAAUGAAAGUGUUGAGCAUCCCCGUGGGCAGUAGGGUCAGUAACCAGGAGAACCUGUUGCUUGUCCUAGGUUUUGUGGAUAAUGAUGCCUUUAGCAGAAGUUGCGCUAAAAAUCCCUUUCAUUUUAAACUUUACAAUAUUAAUUUUGUGGCCUUGUAUGUGGAUGGUGAACAGAUACCAACCAAGCCUCUGCAACCAGACUUCAAGGCAGGACGCUGUGUGAGAGAAUACAUGAAUCUGGUACAGACGGCUGGUAAACACAUGCAAGAUCAUUCCCUGUUAAUCUACCAUGAGGAGUUUGCACAGGGUUACACCUUGUUUGCCUUUGACCUGAUUAAAACCCGGAACCUGAGAACAGAAAUACGUUUUGGGAAGGCUUUAACGGUUAGCAUCAAUAUGAUCGUGUAUGGGGUUUUUGAUAAUGUCAUAGAGAUAAAUCAGAGGAGAAAUGUUCUGUUUGACUACAUGUGA